AUCAAAGAUAUAAUAAAAAACAUACCAAAAUAUAUUAUUUAAUAUAUAUAUUUUAGAAUAUGUUCUAUUAAAAGAAAUUUUCUUAAGUAUAUUCAUUUCUGUAAAUCUAUGUACAAUACAUCACAUAGUAGUAUUUGUACGAGACUCGAAUACCAAGAGGUGUGGUUUGAAUAGAUGAACCUGUUCAUCUAUCUACUUAUUUUGUCCCCUUCUGCUAGAUAUAGAAUAAUCGUCCUUAUACAUUUGUAGACAGGCGCACUCUGGUGUCGAAGCCAUGGACGAUGCUACGCGCCAUUUUGUUUAGUGUCCGCUGGACGCGUCGUGCGUCAGGGUGUUGUGGGGUUGUUUUCAUGACCGUCAACGGGAAUACAUUCGCGGCUCUCUGAGCUCGCUUGCACUUUAAAACGUAUAUAAUAGUGAUACUAUUUAAACAGUGAAAUACAUAUAUGUAUAUUUUUGCAUGAUUAUUGUGACAUACAAUACAAAGAUACACUUCUUGAGAGAGUUGAAAACUCUCAGGCUUAUAGUGUUAGAUUCAGAUUUGCAAAAACUUUGCAAAUGCAUGGCGCCAGAUACAACUUUAUGGAUACUUCGUAAGAAAUUACGACUGUCGCCGUCACCGUCGACAGAUAUUUUUUAUAAAGAAUUGAAAUAGAAAAAAAUAAGAAAUCAUGCGCACUCCCGCUGAAACAGAAACACUGUCUCAACCUGAGAUAUACAAAUUUGAACCUCAGGAGACAGAAGCAUCAUCGGGAGUUAAUCAAGUUGUUUUGUCACCUUCUCAUCCAGAAGCACACAUAUUUACUAAUAGCAUGUUAUGUAUCCAAGAAGAAUUAGGUCAGUUGAGUGGAAUUGCAGGAGGUCCUAUUAUUCCUGAUUCACGUGAUGCUCAAUUACCUAAUAACAAUCAUAGCAAUUCGGAAAGCAAUAGUAAUUCUAGUGAAACAGCAACAAAAUGCACUCCAGUUUCUGGAACUUUAGAUGCACAAAGAUCAAGUUGGGUGGAAGGUAUAUUAGGAUGUAUGCGUCCAGUUUGGACUAUGCUUUCAAAGGCAGCGGUAAAUGAAAAAAUUAAAGGACAUCAAACAGAUGAUUGGGAAAUACCAUUUGAAUCAAUUAGUGAACUUCAAUGGCUUGGAUCUGGAGCUCAAGGAGCAGUAUUUAGUGGAAAAUUAAAUAAAGAAGUUGUAGCUGUAAAAAAAGUACGGGAACCACGUGAAACUGAUAUACGGCAUUUGCGAAAGUUAAACCAUCCAAAUAUUGUUCAAUUUAAAGGUGUUUGUACACAAGCACCGUGUUAUUGUAUAAUAAUGGAAUUUUGUCCAUAUGGACCACUAUAUGAUCUUCUUAGAGCUGGUGAACCAGUUCCACCCCCAAGAUUAGUAUCCUGGUCAAAACAAAUUGCUGCUGGAAUGGCCUAUCUUCAUGCACAUAAAAUUAUACAUAGAGAUCUUAAAAGUCCAAAUGUAUUAAUAGGACAAGGAGAAGUUGUAAAAAUUAGCGAUUUUGGAACUAGUAGAGAAUGGAAUGAAAUUAGUACAAGAAUGAGUUUUGCUGGUACAGUUGCUUGGAUGGCUCCAGAAAUUAUUCGAAAUGAACCUUGUUCUGAGAAAGUAGAUAUAUGGUCAUAUGGUGUAGUAUUAUGGGAACUUUUAAGUGGAGAAAUACCUUAUAAAGAUGUGGAUUCUUCUGCAAUCAUUUGGGGUGUAGGCAAUAAUUCUCUUCAUUUACCAAUUCCUGCAAGUUGUCCAGAAGGAUAUAGGUUACUUGUAAAACAAUGUUGGGCUGCAAAACCACGUAAUAGGCCUUCCUUUAAACAUAUUGAAAUUCAUCUCGGUAUUGCAGCAGUUGAAGUACUAUGUACUAAACCUGAUGAUUAUUUUAAGACACAGCAAUCUUGGAAAAAAGAAAUUAGGGAUCAUAUGAAACAAAUGCAGACAAAUAGUUGUAGCAGUCCAAGAUUUGAAGCUGAUCUCAUUCGACGACGUGAGGAUGAAUUAAGACAUGCUCAAGAUAUUCGAGAACACUAUGAACGCAAACUUGAACGCACUAACAAUUUAUAUUUAGAAUUAAGUGCUGUUUUAUUGCAAUUGGAACAACGUGAACGAGAUGUAAUUAAACGAGAACAACAAAAUGGAUAUAAGCAAUGUAAGAAACGACUUGUACAUCCUCUUUUAAAGGCUCAAGAAAGACUUCAUCGUAGACGUAAUCCUCAAUUUUCGACAUCAUCUACUCCAACGACUCCACCAUCUCCAACAGAUUGUCCUCAAAGUCCUAUAAAAGCAACUAUGUAUACACAAUUAAAUGAAUCUAAUCAACCAGAAACAGUUUUAGCCCCUAAUAAUAGUUUUAAACAACGCAAAUAUAGACAUCGCAGAGUAGGAUCUGGUUGUGGUGUAAACUCUAGUCCACGAUCAAGUCCUCAUCGUGAAAGAAAAAGCACAGAAGUAUGUGCACGUUUUGUUGACAAUCAAACACAAACAGAUAUAAUGGAUAUUAAUGAAAUUGAUUUUAAUCCUGUUGAACGUAUAACAAUUCCAUCAAUAGAAAAGCUUUCUGUAAAUAGUCUUAAUAAACAAUCAUUAAAUAAGCAAGCAGCAGAGUGUUUAAAUGGAAAUUCAGUUUUAUCCGAAGCUCAUUAUAGAAUAGAAUCUAGUCCAUGUUCCAGUCCUGAACCUUCAAACGAAAAUCGUACAAAUGGAAAUGAACGUUUAAAGGACUGUAGCGAUGAUGAUAAUCUAGAAACGCUUGGCCGAAAAGUUAGUGAAAUUAUUAAUGCUAAUCGUCUUAUUUCUUCUAUAGAUAAUGGAAAUUGUGAUGAUAUAAUACAACACAGAAGUAAAGAAGAAUCUAUAAAGUUACCUGGACAUUUUUGUGGAAUAAUUAUUAACAAUACACCACAAGAACAAUCAGAAAGUAAAAAUCGACCUUGUUCCGAAAGUAUGGAUACUUUAUGUGAUCGUGAAGAUGAUGCAUGUGAAGAAAGUUGGUCAGAUGAAGAGGGUGAAGAUCCAAGUUAUACAUAUAAUUAUUCUCUUAGACGAAGAAGUAUUGCAAGAAGACCAAUUGGUCCUGGAUGUAGAUUAAGAAGAUUUAAACAUGCAAUGGUACGAAUAGAAGGAGUAUUAGCUUCUGACGAAGAAAAUACUUCUGAAUAUUCACAUCCUCCGUCCAGUCAAUCCUCCACGUUAGAAAGUAAUCCCGAUAUGCAAAGAGUAUUUCGUAAUAUUCACUAUUCUCAUAAGAGAAAAGAAAUAGAUGAUGUUUCUGAUACAUCAAGUCAAUCAGAAACAGAUGAAGUCAGUGAGAUUACAAUUGCAUCUCAACCAGUAGAUGCAAAUUUAAAAAUAGAAAGUAGUGUAUAAAUUAACAAAUUUUUUAUAUUUCAUUUUCGAGUGAUAUAUUACAGUACCUAACAGCCAGUGCAUUUUUGUAAUGUAUGUUUUCAUUCUGUGUUAAAUAUUGUAGAUAUUUAUCAAUUUAAGAUAUGUUAGAUAUAUAUGUACAUUAAUUUUGCAUUAUACAUUAUUAUUAAUGAAAUAUUAAAUGCAAUGCAUUAUUUAUCAAUGAAAUAUUAGAUUAAUAU